AUCUUCCGUCAUGAUCAAGCUCUUCCUGCUGUUGACGAUUAACAGCGCGGUGAUCCCGCUGCUCGUGUUCGCGGACAUUCCCAAGCUGAAGUUUGUGCCGUACCUGUUCGAGGGACCGUACAAGGAUUUCUCCGUGGGGUGGUACCAGGACGUCGGGCAGCUCAUCAGCACCACCCUGCUCAUCAACGGCCUGGUGUACCCGAUGUCGGCGCUGAGCAAAGGCUUGACUCCCAAGAUCACCCGCGGGUGCUUGGCUCCGUUCGCCGCGACGCAACGCGCGCUCAACGCCCUGUACGAGGGCGUCGAGUUCCCGCUGUCCGAGCGGUACGCGCAGCUGAUGCAGAUGGUGUUCACCGGCAUGGUGUUCAGCAGCGGCAUGCCGUGUCUGUUACCAGUCGCGGCUAUGUUUUGCUUCAUCGCGUAUUACGAGGGCAAGUACACGAUACUGCGCGCCAGUCGGAUGCCGCCGAGCUACGACGAGACCAUGGCGAAGAUCUUCUGGUCCGUCAUGCCCGCGUGCGCGUGGAUCAAGAUCUUACUCUCCACCUGGAUGUUCUCGUACGAGCACGUGCCGAGCUACGUGAACGACGGAGCCCUGGAUCCGGCGACGAGUCCAAUCAGCUCGGGGUCGCAGUUCAACUUCAAGACUCGGCUCGACAGGAGCAACGCGGCGAUCUGCGUCCUCGUCCUCGUCAUGCUCGUCGUCUUCAAGAUACUCAACGUCUACCGCAAGGGCCUCAGGGCGUUCUUCGCGAGGGUGUUCCCCAAGGGGCUGGUCGAGGAGGAGGAGGAGGAGGUGAGCAUGACGCCCGAGCUGUCCAUCGCUCGGAGCGACGGGAUCAUGAAGGGUCUCACCACUUUCCUCGUGCAGGAGAACCCUGAGUACAACGAGAUCGUCCCGUCCUCGGCGACCAAAUCGUGCGGCGGGCCCAACGGGAGCGUUCCCGAGUGGGAGGCGGCGUUCGCCGAGGCGGACCGCGAGGAGUCCGAGGCUGAGGCUGAGAGGCAGCGCAAGGCGAACGAGCGGGCGUCGAGGUCUCUGUUCGGCGCGAGCGACGUUCAGGCGGAGGCGGCGGGCGAGAUGCCGGACGCGAUGAAGAAGCGGCUCAAGAAGGACAAGAACAAGUCGCCGGGCGCCGAGAGGGUGCCGAGGAGGAAGAACUCGCAGGUGGCGCCGCUCAGCGGGAUGGACGCCGGCGACGACGUCGUGGACUUUGGCGACGACGACUACUACUCGCGAGGGAGGAGGGCGGUUGGCGAAGCCUUCGAGGGCGUCACCGGCGGCGGCUUAUCCGCGGCGAUGGCGAUGCAGCCCGAGGGGGACGUGGAGGCUGGGAUGGACGCGGAGGAGGAGGAGGAGGAGAGAAGGAGGAGGAGGAAGGAGCGCAAGCGGGAGAAGAAGGAGCGCGAGCGAGCCGACCGCGUCUAAUACAGUAACACUUGAAGUUGCCAGACGUUUUUCUCCUG